GUAAAACAAAGUUGAAAUUUGAGUGAAAGUGGGCUAUAAUUGAGUGCAUUUCACAUCCGGUCCUCACUUUUCACUUCAAUAAUACACUAAUCUUUCAAUUAUUGAAAUUCAAUACAAAAACAUUUUCAGCAAUAAAUCACUGACUCUUAGCCUCAGAUCACGUGAUAUCCACUCUUUGGGCACUAAUGGCGUCGAAGGGAUCCGUUUCGGGUGACAGUGUAGACAUCGAUGACGACAACGACGGAGAUUACGAUAUCGACUAUUCCUCGGCGGACGACGAGCCGGACGUGAACUUAGAGAACCAGUACUUCAACGCGAAGGCCAUCAAAGACGACGACCCGAACGGCGCUCUCGACUGCUUUGAACGGGUGAUCGCAAUGGAGGCCACGGAUGAGACGGCCGACGGGAAACCCGGCGACUGGGGCUUCAAAGCACUCAAACAGAUGAUGAAGAUUUACUUCAAACUGGGGAAUUACACCGAAAUGAUGGCCAGAUAUAAGCAAUUAAUGACUUAUAUUAAGACUACUAUAAAUAAGAAUUACUCGGAAAAGUCCAUUAAUGCGAUUCUCGACUAUAUAUCCACAUCCAAACAGAUGGAACUGUUGGAGCAGUUCUACGAGACAACACUGGAGGCGUUGAAGGACGCGAAGAACGAGCGGCUCUUCUUCAAGACAAACACCAAAUUAGGAAAACUAUAUUUCGAGAGAAGAGAAUUCAAUAAAUUGUCUGCAGUUGUGAAGAGAUUACGCGAAUUGUGUCAAACGGACGCCGGAACCGAUGAUCCCAAGAAAGGCACUCAUCUGUUGGAGAUUUAUGCGCUC